ACGGAGAUGGAGGAGCUGUGCUUCAGUCUACAGCAGUACCUUGGCCAUGCACUGGACACUUGUGGGUGGAAGAUCCUGUCGCAGGUGCUGUUUACAGAAAACGACGACUCGGACGAGUACUACGAGAGCUUGAGUGAGCUCAAGCAGUCUGGGUAUGAAGAGGCUUUGCAUCGGGCCUCCAAACAUCUGACGGAGCUACUGGAGAGGCACGGGAGCACAGACAGCAUGGUGGAUCUGCUAGGCUUGUAUGAAGAGGAGGACCAGGCAUUUGGCGGUUUACUGGAGGCUUCCACUCAGCUGUACCAGUACCUCCUGCAGCCAUUCAGAGACAUGAGGGAGCUAGCUAUGCUACGCAGACAGCAGAUCAAGAUUUCAUUGGCAAAUGAUUAUUUGGGACCACGGAGAGUUGAAGUUCUUAAAAAGGAGGACUGUGACUGGCAGAAGAAGGCUCAGGAGGCUGUCCUGAACAUCCAGGACUUCACUGUUAAAUACUUUGAGAUCACUGCCAGAGCUCAGAAAGGAGUUUAUGAACGAAUGAAGUUAGACCAGCGUAAAUUUGGUAAAGCCUCGUGGACAGCAGCAGUGGAGCGCAUGGAAAGACUACGCUAUUCUGUAGCUAAAGAAACUCUUCAACUGCAGAGAGCCAGAGAGAUCUCUUUGGAGCAGAGGAAAUACACACUGAAAGAAGAGAUGCAGAGCCUUUGCAGGAGUGAGGACGCAAUGGCCCUUUUAGACCACAUGGAAAGGCAGUAUUAUGAACUUCAGCUGCAGUUGUAUGACAUCCAAGCUGAAAUCCUCCAGUGUGAAGAGCUGCUCCUCACUGCUCAGCUGGAGAGCAUCCAGAGACAGAUGGCAGAGUGUCAGGAUGAAGUGGUCUACUAUGACACCUUUGAAAGUGCAGAUGAUAUAACAGAAGUUGACACUGAAGAGAAGGAGGUGAUAAGAAGACUACAGGACAGUGCUCGGCAGCUGGAAACCAGAAGAGGGCGCAUCAGUGCAAAGCGCUCUUAUCUUAAAAACAAAAAGGAUAUUUGUAUGUUUAAUCACAAGGAGAAGCAGCAGGGACUUCAAAAAGACCUUAUGCCUCAAAAGAUAAGAAACAAGGAAGUGGAAGAUGAUGAGAGGAAAAAUAGCAGAGUAAAUCACGAAAGACAAAAAACGCUUGAGAGAUUACGGACUUUUAAACAGAGGUAUCCAGGUCAGGUCAUUCUGAAGUCGACUCGACUGCGUGUUCCUCACAGCAGAAGAAGAGAUAGAGGAAGGACAGAGAGCAGUAAGGAUGAAGCAGAGCCGCUGUACCAGAGCACCAGUGUUCAGACAGACCCCAGCCCCACCCUGACUACUCAGCCAGUCUCGUCGCUCACCACAUGUCUCCCGCUGGUCCCCGUGCCCUGUUCUGUGGAUUCAUCCUGCUCCCCCUGCUCUCUGUCCUCUUUACUGGCAUCUCCCAUCUCCCCUCCACCUCCGCCCCCACCUCCUCCCCCUCCACCUUCCAAAGAGGAGACCUCUCCAUCACCUAACUCUGGCCCAAGAGAGAAGAAUGCUCAUAGUGACACAGAAGACUCUUCUCUUUCCCCCCUCGGCCCCUUUGUGCCACGCUUCUUUGACAGUAGUCAGUUGGUCAGUGCACGAAAAAAACUCAGGAAGACAGAGUUUGAAACCCAGAGCCGAAGAGUAAGCUCUCCAAUGGAUGAAGUGUUAGCAUCUUUAAAAAGAGGCAGCUUUCACCUAAAGAAGGUUGAUCAGAGAUCCAUGCCUCCAGCAAAAUCUAAUGAUGAUGCAAACAGCAUCUUGGCCCAGAUUCGUAAAGGGGUCAAACUGAGGCGUGUUCCACAGAAAGACAGAAAGGAUCAGGAGUUAGCUGCUCCCACAGAUCCUCUCACCAAAAGCAUCCAUGAUGCACUGCGGCGCAUCAAAGAGGCCUCACCAGAGUCGGACAGCGAUGAUGAGGGGUCUGUGGGCCCUGAAUGGGAAAGCUAAGGAUCAUAAGCCACAAUCACCAGAUCACUGGUACUGCACACUGUAGCUUUCACUAAAGCACAUGCAGAGCAUAUAUGGUGUCUGUCUACACAUGUUUUUCUUUCACCAUAAUACCAUUAACAGCAUAUGCACCAAUGUCUUUUAAACAAUAUGUUCUUCACCAUAAAGAAACCUGUGUGGUACAUAACACUGACAUGAAGCCUCAUUUAAAAUAACAACUAUGCUCAAGGGAGGGGUGAAUAAAAUUCUUUAUUAUAGUACCGGUAUAUUUGAUUUUUGCAUUUGCAAUGAUUAGUCACUAUCCCUUCUUCAGUAUUUCUUCUCAUGAGCAAAAUUCACAUCUGUUUCAUUUUGACAUGUGGUUAAGUUGAAGGCUGACAGACAGUAGUGGUCUAUAAAGACAUUGCAGGGGCUUUAAAUCUCAUUUAAAGCUGAUUAAUGCCAAUGCCCUUCCCCCCUCUGUCCUCUGGUGGCCUUCAGCUGCCCCAGCUCUCACGUCCGGUAUGUGUGAGGGGAGAAUAUUUAUUGACCCGUCUGUUCAAGCGUAGCAUAUGGCCAAGGCAAAGGGAGAUAUGGAUUGUCACAAUGAGUUAAGCAUCUGAUGCCACACUCCUCUGACUGAAGUGGAGGAGCCACAGAGGAGAGUACAGUGCAGUGCAGGACCUGUCAGUGUUUUCUGAACCACAUUUUCUGGUGGGAUAGUCAUGACAGAGCUGUGAAGACAGUCACGCGAUUUUGAAUGAUGAAUCGUAUGUGGGAGCUUAUACUCUGAGCUCCAGGGGGUGUGUGGGGUGUGGAGCAGGCAGCAGUGAUUGAUACGAUUUUGUUUGCCAUCUUAUUCACUUUGCCUUUCCAGUUAUAUGUUUGCUAAUGCCUCCCAGUGCUCUGUGGGCAGAUGCACACAGUGGGAGGUUUUCUACUCACGAGUCCUACGAGUGAGAAAUUCACACAUGGACUCACGAUCUCAAAGAUUUUGCACAAGUUAAUUACAGGCUAUCCCCAAACUUUGAAUUAUUUAGUAAUAUUUAAAGUAUCUUUAUUUUUAAAGCACCAAUCGAGUCUAUGGACUCAAACUCAACUAUGUUUUUAAUGUGGUUUUGAUUAAUUGAUGGCUUACCUUUGAUACAGUACUCUGUAGAAGAAGAACGUAACAAUUUGUGUUGUACUGCAAAGGUGAGGCACUUUUUAUAUGUUGUACACCCGUACAAAAUGUUUUUUGAUGAAGUUUGAAAAACAACUAGUUAAUAAUAUCACAGUGUGACAAUGAUCAAAAUCCAUUCUCAACACUUGUAAAAUGUGCUGUAUAAAUACGUAUACUACAACAGGUUUACUGUAAAUGCUUAUUCACCAGCUGUUUGUGUUUAUAUGUAAUUGUUUUAUUCAUGUGCUUUAUCUUUCCAAAGCGAAACCAAACCUGCUAUACCUGCAUAAGAGAGUCACUCAAGUACUGUUGGCCAGUAUGGUUUUAUGUGCACUUUGACCCUGCACUGGAUUCAAAUCUAAUGCUAAGCAAAGAAUAAAAAGGAAAAAUGACAAUACAAACUUGACACUUAAUUCUGUGGUUUGUAUUUGAAUAUAAAACAUAGCAUUUCAUAUAGUUCACAGAAGAGCGUACACAGCCCAAUUGUAGGCAUUGUCUUUGUCUGAGUUCAACAAAGAAUUUAGUUUGGCUGAAGCACCAGCGUUAAUGUCCAUUCACCUCGCACAACGCACAACCCACCCAUCUUACAUCAUCAUAGCCUGAGGUACCUCUUUAAAUAGUUCAAAAUUACUUUAAAUAGUCAAAAAUAUUGCAGUCUUUUCAUACCUCUAAAUACAAUAUUAAUAAUAAUAAUAAUAAUAAUAAUAAUGAUACCUACAUUGAAUACCAUCAGUUACAAAACAGGAGAAUGAAAAGCUUAUUCACUACUGUACAAAGGCAUUCAUUAACAAGAGCAUUUAUAAUAGGAUAUCUCAUCUUUGCCAUUUGACUGUCAAAGUUAAACAAUAAAUAUUUUAUGAUGAGAACAUUUCAUUUUGUAUAACUUUUUAUCAUCUGAAAACAGACAAUAAACAUGUGCCACCAUUACAAAUCCCUACAUUUGAGUACAGUGAGUAUUGUAAUAUUUUUAAAUUAUUUUUAUCAGAUAA